AUGGCCGACGUCCAGGAGCGCCUCAAGAAGCUCGGUGCGAGCGCACGCAUUGGUGAGUGUGGCAAGGGAACUCCCCGGAGGAAGAUGAAGCGCGCGCCCGCGCGGUCCGGUGGUGAUGACAAGAAGCUCCAACAGACCCUCAAGAAGCUCAAUGUCCAACCCAUCCAGGCCAUUGAGGAGGUGAACAUGUUCAAGAGCGACGGCAACGUUAUCCACUUCGCUGCUCCUAAGGUCCACGCCGCUGUCCCCGCCAACACCUUCGCCAUCUACGGCAACGGUGAGGACAAGGAGUUGACGGAGCUUGUCCCUGGCAUUCUUAACCAGCUUGGCCCCGACUCGCUCGCCUCUCUCCGCAAGCUUGCCGAGAGCUACCAGAACAUGCAGAAGGCCGACGGCGACAAGGAGGCUGAUGAUGACGACAUCCCCGACCUUGUUGCUGGCGAGAACUUUGAGGACAAGGUCGAGUAA